UAUGAAAUUAUUUCUAGAGGCUGUUCAACAAAAUUGUGACAUGGAUAAAGUUCUUAAUUUAAACAUUGUUUUGGAACAAUAUAGUUUUUGAUGUGGUAGAAAUGGAUAAUUCACACAAAUACAUCAAUGAUAAAGAUAAAAUAAAACCAUUGUUACUACAAUUUAUUCGCCGAGACAUCCAAAUACUUAAAGAAAGUUUACCGGCAGGAAUUUGGGUGAAAACUUUUGAAAAUCGUAUGGAUUUGUUUUCUAUAAUGAUUAGAGGACCAGAAAAAACUCCAUAUGCUGGUGGUUUGUUUCUGUUUGAUGUCAAAAUUCCACCCACAUAUCCAAUCCGACCUCCACUCUGUCAUUAUUAUAGUUAUUGUGAGUACCGGAUGAAUCCAAAUCUAUAUAAUGAUGGAAAAGUAUGCCUUAGUCUUUUGGGUACUUGGUCUGGUCAUGGUGUUGAAUUAUGGUCACCUAAUGGUUCAAAUUUAUUACAGCUUCUAGUAUCAAUACAAGGACUGAUAUUGGUGAGUGAACCAUAUUAUAAUGAACCGGGAUUUGAUACCUUCCGAGGUGAAGAGCUUGCAGAAGAAAACUCUCGUGUUUACAACCAAAUGGCUCUAAUCAAAGUAGUGCAGUCAAUGACAAAUAUUACGUUAAACAUGAAUAAUUCAUACCAUAAAAGUGCAGGGUAUUUUGAAGAAGAAAUACUGGAACACGUAAAAACACAUGGUCUAGAGUAG